CGGUUAACUUUCUGAUAAUCAACCCAGCAUCAUAAUCAUGCGCUCCUUUCACACUCAACACCGCCCCAUCAGCCCUGCUGUGUCGUUGCGCAUCAGCUACCAGCAGCCUGCCAGAUGCCAGAUGUUGCGGCUGCUGUCAGUUGUUAUCUCUUGUUGAAUCUUCCAGCGGCGGGUUGCGGAUUGAUUAUCUGGUCGACGUAGGUAGAUAUACCGGAGGGGUGUGCUUCAUACUAUACCAACCUAGGGCACACAGGGGAGAAAAAGAGGAAUGAGAGAGGAUUUUUAGACGCGGGUGAUAUCUGUAGCUCUACUGUCAUUUUCUCUUCUCGUCUCUUCUCUCUCUCUUUUUGAUCGCUCUCUCAUUCCUACCGUUGAUAUAUAAACCUAACUUAUCCAUCCUCUCCUUUCGACUUCCCUUCCUUUCUAUAUCCCUCUCACCCCAAUUGCAUUCUUAAUUAUUCUUCUUCGUCUCCUCUACCCUUUUUAUUUUGAGAAUACACCAUGUCAGACUCCGUCGACCGAGUAUUCGUCCAUGCUCUCAAUACCGUCAAGAGAAUCCCCCGAUCGGGGUCGGCCAGGCCACCCCUCCCCGAACGAUUGAGGUUAUAUGGCUUAUACAAGCAGAGCAUGGGUACUUAUCUCCCUCGCUCCUGUCCCCUAUAUUGUUCAGAGUUCGGAAAAAGGGCGAUGUGGAAGGGGUCAUGGAUCGGCCUGUCGAUGAUGAAACGGAUUUACAUGCCGAGAGAGAGAAAUGGGAUGCCUGGUACGCGCAGCGCCAUCUAUCACGCACCGAGGCAAAACGCCAAUACAUCACUGCUUUACUCGACACAAUGAACAAAUACGCCUCCUCAACGCCAGAAGCCCGCGAGCUCAUCUCCGAGCUUGAGUUUGUCUGGGAUCAGAUAAAGUCAAACUCGUCCUCCUCCCACUCAUCCGGUAGCCCCAUCCACACCUCCAACGUCUCACAGCCACAACGUCAACCAUCCCGUGUAGCAUCCCCCACCCCGCCCUCCCGAUCAAACUACGGCUCGCAAUAUGGAAGCAUUGGUGGCCGGAUAUCGCGUGGCGAAGCGGCGGCGGCAGAGGAAGGGAUGGAACGGCCGAUAUAUGCUGGGCGGGAUUCGAGAUUGAGAGUUCUUAGCCCUGUUAGUCAGCCGGAUGAUGAAGUGCCAGGGAGCGGCCGGCGGAAUUAUAAAGCAGGCGACGAACACGGCGCUGGACCGGAUGGGGACAGGCUGGAGGAAAAAGAAGACGAAGACGAGGAGGAUGACGAGGAUGAAGAGGAGUUUCAAGAAGCGCGGGAUAGCCCUUUUGAAGACGACGACGACAAUGAGAAUGACGAUGACGACGAAGAUGUGCGGUCGGAUAAUAAUAAUAAUCAUAAUCAUAAUAACGUUACCCAACAACAGCCCAGAGGAAGAAACCGAGACCGAGAUAAAGAUACCCCGAAACCCAAAGCCACCACUUAUAACCGCCGCUGGCGCCGGCGAGUCGAGCAGGCCAUGACGAAAAUGACAGCCGAACUCGCGGCGAUGAGAGAGCAGAUGGAGACGCGGGCGAUCAACAGCCGGCGCCGCUCGAGCCUGUGGGCGUGGAUCAAAUGGCUUGUGUGGGUUGUGGUGCGGCAGGUUUGCUGGGAUCUUGUGCUGUUUGGGUGUUUGCUUGUGUGGAUGCGGGUUGUGAGGGGGGAUAGGCGGUUGGAGGAGAAGGUGAGCGGGGUGGAGAUUUGGAAGGAGGUGAGGAGGAGAGUUGCGCUUGUUAUUGGGAGGGGGGAGAGAAGGGGGUUGGGGUUUAGAUUGGGAGGGUUUCCGUAGGUGGGGUCGUUCCUUAUUUUUUUUAAUUUUUUUUAAUUUUUUUUUGUUGUGGGUUGGGGAUGUGGUUUAUCUCCUGCUACUUCGCAAGGGGUAGGUUGGGAGAAGGUAUCCCUUCUUUUUCUUUUGUUCUUUCUCUCCUCUGUUUCAGCGUUUCUUUUCUUUUUUUUUUUUUUUUGAGGUGGGUGUAUACGCCCACUCUCCAUGCAGAAUACACAUAUACAUGCUUUGCUCCCGCGGCGUUCUGCUUGAUCUAUUGUCAUGAUAUUCAUCUAUACAUUUAUUUACAAUACGUGCAUACACAUUCUCUUCCAAUUAACUGUAUUAGUAGAUACAUAACAUAUAUCCGUGGCCAUCAAUCUCAGAAAUGAUCUUUUCCACGAAAGAGGGGAAAAG